AUAACUUUCAUUGAACUUUAAGUCAAAUUAUGCAAAUUAAAUCAAAUAUUGAAUCAUAUUCAAUAAAUUUUAAAUUUAUGUUUUAACAUGUAUUUGUAACUAUAAGCUAAAUUUUAGGUAUUCUAUCUUAGGGCCUUGCGAUGUUGUCAAAGAAGGAAUUUGUGGCCAUUCUCCUGCUUGUGAUUGCGUUAAUUUGCAUAUUGAAUGCAGCAUCAUUUGGCAAUAUUGUACCCACAACAACGAGCUACUAUCAGCUGGCUCAACAGUCGGCAAGCGCGAGCACAGCAUACAUUUGUGUCAUUUAUGCUCUGAGUACUUGGUUAUAUCACUCGAACUUUUCAGAACCAAGGCAGCACAUACGCAUUGUGUUUUUAGCUAUGCUUUUGAUCAUGAUAAUAACACACAUUGCUGUGCUUGUUCUGACUAUUAUAGAUCAGUAUUUCAAUGAAGUCGAUGAUAGCAUUAACCUUACUGAAAUUCACACCAACUUUGGUAUGACUUGUCGACUCCUCACGAUUGUUCUGACCACAUUCACGAUCGUACUACUGGUAGUUGUUUUUAUAUAUCUUUGUAUAAUUACCGUUCAGAAGCAAAAGGAACAAGCACGUCGUCGCGAAAACAUAGAAUAGUUGUUUUCGUUAUUUUCGUUAUUAAA